CUCAGCUCCACUGGGCGCUGCCGAGCCAGGCAGGCGCAAGAUGAAGAAGAUAGAACUAGGUGGCCACUGAGUCAAGGCGAGUAAACGGGCUAAGUUGGGUCGGUGGGCCAUGGGCCGUCUGGGUGCGAGCGUGUGUGUUGUAAUGGGUAUAUAUCCCCACAGUCUGUACUGGUUUGGUAUCGAAAAGGAAGGAAAUGAAAUAGGCUCUGUCCUUCCUCUCCUUUCCCUGCUUUCCUCUGCUCCCCUCGAUCUUCUUCUUCCCCAAGUCCCAAAUCCUAGGGUUUACCCAAGGCAAGGACGUGACAGAAGCCCGCGGCCGAGGAGGCGGGGGGCAGGAGGAAGAGGAUGAAGGUGGUCAAGAGGAGGCUGUCGCAGGCGCUCAUCGUCCACACCAUGGCCUACCCCUACAAGAUGGAGCACAUCCCCGCCGACCGCCUGGCCAAGCGCUCCAAGUUCUUCCGCGAGUUCUACGCUGAAAGCAAGCAGACGGCCGACAAGAUCGUGGCCUACCAGCGGGGACUCAUCGACCAGUACAAGGCCAAGGGCUACGCGGAGGAGGACAGGGAGGUCACCGACGACGAGGAGGAGACGGUGGAGAGCUAGGGCAGCAGCCGUUUUUCUCUCUCAAAACUUCAAUCUAGGGGUUGAUUAUCUGCAAGGAGACUACGUAGUACGGCGUCCGUGUUUGGUGCGCCUGUCAUGAGUGUCUCCUGACUCCCUCAGUAGCUACUAUCGUGUAAUCAUUCUCGGUGUUAUCUUCGAGUGCCUUAGUGACCUAAAACAUCUUACAUUUGUUUACAGAGGCGGUAUGUUGCCUUGUAAAAUGAGAGAAGGUUAUCUUCUGUCAAAUUCAUAGAGGUUCGGGUACAGAAUGUGAUACCCGGUGGAGAGCUAGGGCAGCAGCCAUUUUUUCUUUCUUUCAAAACUUCAAUCAAGGGGUUGAUUAUCUGUUAGGAGCCUACAUAGUACGGCGUCCGUGUUUGCUCCCCUCACUAGCUACUAUCGUGUAUUCAUUAUCUUGGUGUUAUCUUCGAGUAGCGAGUACCUUAGUGAUCUAAAACAUCUUACAUUUGUUUACAGAGGGGUAUGCUAUUUAUCAUGUUGAAUACCUUCUGUCAAAUUCAUAGAAGUUCAGGUACAGAAUGUGGCCACACCCGGGUG